AUGCCCCGUGACCCUCCCUCUUGUAAACUUAUCCCUGCAAGUCAUUCUCACUAUUUGAUCAGCCUUGUCAACAACGUCGCGCUUGUCGCCCUUGACCUUAACGAUAACCAAAUCGAAAAGAUCGAGAAUCUUCAACAUCUUACCAAUCUGAAGAGUUUGUGGAUACUGAACUUCAGCACACAACAUUUCUACCGUAAUCGAGUUCGAGAAAUCCUACCACGUGUGAAAAUCAUCGACGCCGUGCCAGUGAACUGGGUGAGCGGUGAUCCAUGGCAAGAACUGGUACCUGAUGACUAG